AUGGCAGCUCGGCUGUGGCUGCCUCCGCUGGCGGUCCCAGCCUAUCACUGCCAGCGGUAUCCCGUGUCCUUCAAGCAGAGGAAAAACGCCAUCUUCAAGUAUCACCGCCUUUUCAUAGCAGUGAACACAGCCAGUGAAGGCCUCCCGGUGUCCUGUGGGGUGGCCCUAACGACUGGCAGGCUCUUGGCCACUUCGCGAACUGUUCCUGAUCUUACUUGUGGGUCGCAGCUUGCACCUUACUCUCAACACUUCUGUGCUGUUUUCCACAUCCAGAGAUGCAUUCCAACUAGCGACGUCCCGCACGAGUUGAAAAAGGUGCCAGUGUUGCAGGGAGCGCUGCAUUGUUCUGCUCCCCAACAUCAUGCAAUAGACUCUUCAGCGACAGAAGCACCGCUGUCUCCGCUGUCUCCAGGGGGCGCAUUUACGUCAGUUGAUAGCCAUUCGGCAGGGAUGCUACCUCAAGAGUCCAAAGGUGCACGAACACCGCAGCUCUCCAGCGGAGAGGAAAACCUGAACGCAGAUAAGAGCAGCCGUAUCACCCCUAAGGGCAAUCAGCCACAGGCCAAACAGAGCGAGGCCUCGCAGUCCUCAACGGGAAAAAAAUCUAAAUCCUCGAACUUUUGUUUUUCAGCUGAUGCACCCCCUUACACUCCUCAAUCCUCAGCAGCGAAGCAGGCAAUCAAGGCAGCAAACCGUUUAGGCACCGUGACGGAGACGUUUGACUUGGGAUUUAUUCGCCCCAUCAAUCCUCUUGCUGGAAACCAGCAGCAACAAACUUUGCAGCAACGGCCCCCUUAUUCGUCUAUACCUGCUCCCCUAACGAUUUCUGCUGAUUCCAGGGUACCUCGGCGAGCAGACUCUAUAGCCACCCACGCAGAAACACAGCUGCAAUCAGAUACAGUGCGGAAGGUUUCAAUAAAGUCGAAUGCGAAUGCGGCGACUUCUACAAUACCCCUCAAAUUCUGCAAGUUUCUCGUAGGCGAAGAUGUUGCAGGCUUUUUGGUUGGGCGAAAAGGCGUUGGCAUUGAGGAAUUCCAAUCUCGAAACGGCCCGGGGCUGAAAGUCAGCGUAUCAAAGAGAGGGGAACUUUUCCCAUGUUUGCUGGAGCGAACAGCUACUGCCGUUGGAGUUGGUGAUGGCGUGGAGCGUGCCUUGCUAGAAGUGUCUCGUGUAGCACUUGACAGGGCGAUGCAUAAGGAAGAGGAGCGGCGAAUUGACAAUGGAAAAAAAAUAUGCAAACCCAAGGGAUGCUUCAAACUUGUCGUGCCCGAGUCCGCCCUCGUGCACAUCUUCACGCCGGAUCCCGAGGGGCGCGUGCCUAUGCUGGAAGUCGCUCAUGACGGAAAUGCUAGCUCUCCUGCUUUGUGCGAUGCAGCUAAGAAGCACGGAGUGGAGAUUCUCUCUUCUGCAGAAGGCGGAUAUCUACACAAUAAGAUUCACCACUUGGGACUAAAGGAGACCGUUCUGCAAAUAAUUGGCACAUCGGAAACGGUGCCAGCAGCAGUGGUGGAUCUGUCACUGCUUUACCAGGGUGAUCCGUCCCUGCCUUCCUCUCUCCACUUGAACUACUCACAUGCACACUUUGUUGCCACUCCACCUCCUCCCCCAACCCCUCCGCCUUCCCCGGCUCUCAGCAGCAGCUGUGGCAACAGGGUGCCCCCCCACUUUGCACAUCCCGCAGGAUUGCUGCAUUUACCAAGUGGCCAGCACCACUUCGGAAACUCCAGCAGCUGGAGUCAUACGCCACAACCGACGCCGAUGCUGGACGGCCUGAGGGCGUCUGGUAGCUCCCAAGCCUCAAUGCUGUGCAUGCCUCCAACUGUCGGCAGAUCGGACAGCAUUCCAGCUGCUCAGGUGUCACAAACUGAGUGCCAAUUGGUAUUGCAAAAGCAAGGAUUUAAGAGACCCUCUUCAUAUUCCCUCCCUAGCAGUGGCAAUGGAUGUCUAGGUGGAUGGCAGAAUUGUAAAGAAAGCGCUGCCCCAAGCAUACCGUCGCUGGCGGGCGAACGCCUAAAAGCAGAGCUGCAGCAGCAUUUGAAGGCCGCCAUAGUUGCUGCAGCAGCUGCAGAUGCGGCGCCUGCGCAGCAUCAACCGUCUUCCAUCCAGACCAACUCCAAUCCGCCUUUUUGGACCCAACAGCAGCAAUCCCAUAAUCUGCGGGAGCAGCAAGGGCAACCCCAACAGCAGCUUACAGCACCACGUGACUGGCCGGACCUACAGCUUCUUAGUCAACUCUGUAUUGCUCAACCUCAACAAAUUUCGAGGGCCAACGAGCAACCCAGGACUCUUCCCCAACAGCAUGCGGAGCAGGGACAGUUUCACCAACUUGAUGAGCUGCCGCAACCAAUCCUGCAGCGACAAGUACAGCAUGCACAGCAAGAGCACCCGAAUAGGCCCUCUACCAGCCUGCUAGACGAAAUGAGCGGGUCUCGUCCAUCAUCCACCUCUUGUCCACUUAGCUUGCAACAACUGCAGCAGCACAUCCAGGCUCUUCACCUGCAAUACAAAGACGGCGAGCAACAGAAGGACAAUGUUACUAGUGUGAGCUCGUUUAUCUCAAAGGCUGGACAAACGGACGAGCAGAAACAGCUACUUCUCACGCAACAGGUGCAGCAACAGCUGCAGCAACACUUGCAACAAGAACUUCGACGGCAGCAGCUCCAGACUCUACAGCAGAGCCAAGUCUACCGCCCUCCUCAGCACCUAGACAUACCGCCCGUGCAACGUUGGACUCCUCCCCAAGCGGCAUCACUGCACGGCGAGCAGCACUACCCACUUACUUGUUCAGAGUCAGGAAGGGGUCAAUCCCAGCAGCUGCAACAAUUUCAGUCACUUCGAGAGAGGGCUCUCGUUAACACCGAAACCGCUAAUGGGUCCAAGAUUCAGCACCUGGAUCCUGAGCUGGUGCAGCAACCACAAUUAGAUGCUCCAAUCGAGCCGCUUUCUCCGGUACCGCCUCCCCAGUGGGCGCAAAUCCCGCAACACCAGCUACAAGAAAAAAUGCAGCAUGUGGCCCAGCCGCAAAGUGAAAUGAGAAUGCUACUGGGUUCUUCGCAGUGCAGUCCGUCUGGUGCCUCCCCAGGCCUGUCAGCUCAGCCACCACAGCGGCACUCUUCUGCACUUUUGUUGGAGGCUCAUGAUCCUAUUAACUUCGCCGCCGUACCCCAGCACCCAGAAGAGGCUGCAUCUACCCUGACACAGCCGGCACUGGAAGGACCAGUGUAUCCUGCGCUCCACCAGCUAGUUCAGUCUGAAGAAGAAAUAUGUGACCCUCUCGCAGUGCGCAAGCUUCUAGAGGACCUUCUUAAGAUAAUUAGCCUCUCUACAACAGACGAAACUCCUGACAGUCAGUGCCACGAACCGAAGGUGGGUUUCGGAGAAGCCAUUCCUGAGUCGUUCGUCGCAGCGGAAACAACCCCAGCGGCAGCUAUACCAGGCUUUGACCAGCCAUCGCAGGCGACGAAAUGCCGCCCCUUCUGCCACCAGGGACGAGCCUCGGACUAUUAG